CCCAUGAGCGGGGGCUGGCCCGGGGGCCAGGCCUGCCAGCCGGCCGUGGAGAUGGCGCUGGAGGACGUGAACAGCCGCAGGGACAUCCUGCCGGACUAUGAGCUCAAGCUCAUCCACCACGACAGCCAGUGUGACCCAGGCCAGGCCACCAAGUACCUGUAUGAACUGCUCUACAACGACCCCAUCAAGAUCAUCCUCAUGCCGGGCUGCAGCUCCGUCUCCACGCUGGUGGCAGAGGCCGCCAGGAUGUGGAAUCUCAUUGUGCUUUCCUAUGGCUCCAGCUCACCAGCCCUGUCGAACCGGCAGCGCUUUCCUACGUUCUUUCGAACUCACCCGUCAGCCACCUUGCACAAUCCUACCCGUGUGAAACUUUUUGAGAAGUGGGGCUGGAAGAAGAUCGCCACCAUCCAGCAGACCACCGAAGUCUUCACGUCGACGCUGGAUGACCUGGAGGAGCGCGUGAAGGAGGCUGGAAUCGAGAUUACUUUCCGCCAGAGCUUCUUCUCAGACCCAGCUGUGCCCGUCAAGAACCUGAAGCGCCAGGACGCCCGCAUCAUCGUGGGACUUUUCUAUGAGACUGAAGCCCGCAAAGUGUUCUGCGAGGUGUACAAGGAGCGGCUCUUCGGGAAGAAGUAUGUGUGGUUCCUCAUUGGCUGGUACGCGGACAAUUGGUUCAAGACCUAUGACCCGUCCAUCAACUGCACCGUGGACGAGAUGACGGAGGCGGUGGAGGGCCACAUCACCACUGAGAUUGUCAUGCUGAACCCUGCCAACACCCGCAGCAUUUCCAACAUGACAUCCCAGGAAUUUGUGGAAAAACUGACCAAGAGACUGAAAAGACACCCCGAGGAGACGGGGGGCUUCCAGGAGGCCCCGCUGGCUUACGAUGCCAUCUGGGCCUUGGCCCUGGCCCUGAACAAGACCUCGGGAGGGGGUGGCCACGCGGGCGUGCGCCUGGAAGACUUCAACUACAACAACCAGACCAUCACCGACCAGAUCUACCGGGCGAUGAACUCCUCGUCCUUCGAGGGCGUCUCCGGCCACGUGGUGUUUGAUGCCAGCGGCUCUCGGAUGGCAUGGACGCUUAUUGAGCAGCUCCAGGGUGGCAGCUACAAGAAGAUCGGCUACUAUGACAGCACCAAGGAUGACCUCUCCUGGUCGAAAACAGAUAAGUGGAUUGGAGGGUCUCCCCCUGCUGACCAGACCCUGGUAAUCAAGACAUUCCGCUUCCUGUCACAGAAACUCUUUAUCUCCGUCUCAGUUCUCUCCAGCUUGGGCAUUGUCCUAGCUGUUGUCUGUCUGUCUUUUAACAUCUACAACUCCCACGUCCGCUACAUCCAGAACUCACAGCCCACCCUGAACAACCUGACGGCUGUGGGCUGCUCGCUGGCCUUGGCUGCUGUCUUCCCCCUGGGCCUGGACGGGUACCACAUCGGGAGAAACCAGUUCCCCUUUGUCUGCCAGGCCCGCCUCUGGCUCCUCGGCCUGGGCUUCAGUCUGGGCUACGGCUCCAUGUUCACCAAGAUCUGGUGGGUCCACACGGUCUUCACCAAGAAGGAGGAAAAGAAAGAGUGGAGGAAGACCCUGGAGCCCUGGAAGCUGUACGCCACGGUGGGCCUGCUGGUGGGCACGGACCUCCUCACUCUCGCCGUGUGGCAGAUCGUGGACCCCUUGCACCGGACCAUCGAGACUUUCGCCAAGGAGGAGCCGAAGGAAGACAUCGAUGUGUCCAUCCUGCCGCCCGUCAGCUUCUGCCCAGUGCCCCCCGCCGCUGUCGCAGGCAUUUUCUAUGGCUACAAGGGGCUGCUGCUGCUGCUGGGUAUCUUUCUUGCUUAUGAGACCAAGAGUGUGUCCACCGAGAAGAUCAAUGACCACCGGGCGGUGGGCAUGGCCAUCUACAAUGUGGCGGUCCUGUGCCUCAUCACCGCGCCCGUCACCAUGAUCCUGUCCAGCCAGCAGGACGCAGCCUUCGCCUUCGCCUCUCUCGCCAUCGUCUUCUCCUCCUACAUCACGCUGGUGGUGCUGUUUGUGCCCAAGAUGCGCAGGCUGAUCACCCGAGGGGAAUGGCAGUCGGAGGCUCAGGACACCAUGAAGACGGGGUCCUCGACCAACAACCACGAGGAAGAGAAGUCCCGGCUGCUGGAGAAGGAAAACCGGGAGCUGGAGAAGAUCAUCGCCGAGUCUGGGGGCCUGCCCAGGGGCCCCCCUGAGCUCCCCGACCGGCUGAGCUGUGAUGGGAGUCGAGUCCAUUUGCUUUACAAGUGAGCGGGUGUGGGGAGGAUAGGCCCGUAGGGGAGGGCAGUGGAGAAGCCAGGCUCCCACCCUCCUGUAAAUACAGCCCUCUGGGCACAGACCUUGCCGUCCGGGUUCGUCCAUAUGAUGCCGUCCUCUCUCCCCUCAGCCUCACCACACCCUCUCCCUUCCUGCCCCUCGGGGAGCCUCCCCGGACUGUGUUCUGGGGUGAUUAAGGAGAAGCGGCGUCGGCAGGUUUGGGAGCUGCUUCCAGUGGGUAGUUGGUGAGAAUUCUGACCAAGGCAGCAUCCCUGACUGCUGACCUGGCUCCAUGGGCCGUGGGGAGCGGGUGUGUCCCUGCACAUGUGUGUCUCGGGGACAACCUCCCUGAGUCUCAAUAAACCAGUGAGCACCUGUC